CUUUUUGUUCCUACUAAUUAAGAGAGAAAGAGAUGAACUAUCAGAGUUAUCUUGAACCAGAUUACUCUGAGUUUGUUGAAGUUGAUCCUACCGGAAGAUAUGGAAGAUACAAUGAAGUUCUGGGUAAAGGAGCUUCAAAGACUGUUUACAGAGCAUUUGAUGAAUAUGAAGGCAUAGAAGUAGCAUGGAACCAAGUGAAGCUUUACGAUUUCUUACAAAGCCCUGAGGAUCUUGAGAGGCUUUACUGUGAGAUUCAUCUCCUCAAGACUCUAAAACAUAAGAACAUCAUGAAAUUCUACACCUCUUGGGUCGAUACCGCCAAUAGAAAUAUCAAUUUCGUCACUGAAUUGUUCACUUCUGGCACCUUAAGACAAUAUAGACUCAGGCAUAAGAGAGUGAACAUAAGAGCGAUGAAGCAUUGGUGUAGGCAAAUCUUGAGAGGCUUACAUUAUCUUCAUAGCCAUGAUCCUCCUGUGAUCCACAGGGAUCUCAAAUGUGACAACAUUUUCGUUAACGGGAAUCAAGGAGAAGUCAAGAUUGGAGAUCUUGGCCUCGCUGCCAUUUUAAGAAAAUCCCAUGCUGCUCACUGCGUUGGGACUCCUGAGUUCAUGGCACCUGAAGUUUACGAAGAAGCAUAUAACGAAUUGGUUGAUAUAUACUCGUUCGGUAUGUGCAUUUUGGAAAUGGUUACGUUUGAUUACCCGUACUGUGAGUGCACUCACCCUGCUCAGAUCUACAAGAAAGUUAUGUCGGGCAAGAAACCGGAUGCAUUGUACAAGGUGAAAGACCCCGAGGUUAAAUGUUUCAUUGAGAAAUGCUUGGCCACCGUAUCGCUUAGAGUCUCUGCUCGUGAGUUACUAGAUGACCCUUUUCUCCGAAUAGACGAUGGUGAAUUUGAUUUAAGAUCACUUGAUAUGGAUGAUUCGGUCGGUCCACUCUAUAGGCAGCCGCACCAUCUUCCUGACUACUACAAUUACCCGUCGAAUAGUAGCUCUUUGAAUCGUCAGUACUCAAAUGGCAAUUACCCGUCGAAUAGUAGCUCUUUGAAUCGUCAGUACUCAAAUGGUUAUAAUAGUCAUCACGAGUAUCAGAACGGAUGGGCGUAUAAUCCAGCUGAGACAGAGGAGACUCACGGAAUCGAGCUCUUUGAAUCUCGAAACGAUGAUGAUCAAGAAGAAGAAAAGAAAUCUGGUAAUGUUGACAUAACCAUCAAAGGGAAGAGAAGAGAUGAUGGUGGCUUGUUCUUGCGUCUUAGGAUCGCCGACAAAGAAGGACGUGUCCGAAACAUUUACUUCCCAUUUGACAUCGAGACAGACACUGCAUUGAGCGUUGCAACAGAGAUGGUAGCGGAACUGGACAUGGACGAUCAUGGAGUCACAAAAAUCGCUAACAUGAUUGACGGUGAGAUAUCUUCUCUUGUACCCAGUUGGAGACCGGGACCUGAAUUCGAAGAAUGUCUUGCGGCUGCGGCAGCGGCAAAUGCUGCAAGCAUUUGCAACAACUGCGUAUCAAACCGCACCUCAAUGGGCUCGGUGAUGGAUUUCCUGAGAACCAAUCCUGGGGCAAAUGUGAUACAAUGUUGCAGAAACGGGUGCGGCGAGACUCAUGGCCGGUUUGAAGAGAUCACGAUCAGAGAAACUGAGGUUCGUCUUAGAGAGCUUUGGAAGCUGCAGCAACAGCAAGAAAGCCGCGAACUAAGCUCGAUAGAUUCAGGCAAUAACCAUUCCGAAGAAGAAGAGGAAGAGGAGGUACUAUACGAAAACCCCGAAAACAUGUUUUCUUGCGAGGAAGGUAACGCGAUAAACCAUCUAUCGGGUUCUGAGUCGUUCUCGUUUAUGCCAUCUAAAUACUGCGAUGAGCUAUCCGAGAAAACCGAAAAUCAGGUCCAACAAGAGUUGAGAUGGCUUAAAGCCAAAUGCCAAAUUGAGCUCAGAGAUAUUCAGGAUGAGCAAUUAAAAACCCGGUGGCCGGAAUCCGGAGAAGAGGUGGAAAUUUCUCCGAAAGACGGGUUCUUGGGUUCGGGUUCGGGGUUGGGAAGAGAAGAAGAUACGGUAAAAGAGAUGUUUGGAGGAAGAUUGGUACCAAAGUGUCUGAAAAGGACAACUUCACUGCCUGUUGAUGCCAUUGAUUCUUGAUUACUUUGUGGUUUCUUCAUGUAUACAUAUUUGUUUGCUAUUAUAAGGACUUUUACAGUGUAACAACACACUAGUAUACUUAAGAGAUCCAGUUCAAUUCUUUUGGGGGUUAUUUGUACAAUACUACCUUUCGAUCUACUCGAGAAUCUAGUAUGUGAAACUUCAAAAUGCAAUAAGAGUUUUAAACCCUU